ACUACGGGAGAGCAGAACCACGUGUACAAUGGGGUCACGGAUUAUCUCUAUCAUGAAUACAUCCUGCACUCGGUGUCUGCCGUGUGGGCCAACGCAGAGGGCACGCGCCUUUGCUACGCCACCUUCAACGACACAGCUGUCCAGGAUGCCAAGAUCCCCAUCUACACCAGCAUCUACACCACCAUCAGAGAAGUGAGGUACCCUAAGGUUGACACGAAGAACCCUGUGGCGACGUUAUGGGCUGUGGAUCUUAGGGAUUCCAGGCCCAAACCACGAGACCUGAAGCCGCCCACGCGAGUCAGAGACCAGGACCACUACUUCACGAGCGUCGGUUGGGUGGACGAGGGAACGAUUGCCGUUACCUGGAGGAACCGAGCGCAGAAUGUGAGCGUCGUGACCAUUUGCAAGGAGCCCAUGUGGUUCUGUGACGAGCUUUUCGUGGAGGAGAGCGGACCUAAGCUCUGGGCAACGGUGGAGGAGGUGCCACUGUUUGCUCAAAACGGAACGGCCUUUGUGAGCGUCCUGCCCCUCGUCGACAGGGAGCUGGGGACGUUCCCGCACAUCCACCAGGGGGACAUUGAGACCAAACACAAAACUCCUCUCACCUUCGGGCCCUACACGGUGUUUUCCGUGCUUGCGUGGGACACCGAAAACCACCAUGUAUAUUACGUGGCCAACACCGAUUCCGAGGCAGCUGAGCGACACCUGUGGCGAGUGACAGACAUGUUGGCACCAGAGCAUCGCCGCCAACAGGAGUGCCUCACGUGUUUCCUCAACUACACCACGCCCCCCUGCAGGCACUUCACGCCUCACAUGGGACCAGACAACUUCAAUGAGGUGGUCUUGCAGUGUGAGGGUCCAGGCAUACCUCAUACGGUGCUUUUCUCGAUACUCGACAGUGAAGUUCUAAUCUACAUUCACAACAACUCGGAUUUGCAACAACUGAGUGAGCAGAUGGCGUGGCCCCAACAACGGAAUUACAACGUGCGACUUGAAGACAAUUUCAUGGUUAAAGUCCGCCUCAGCAUCCCUCCGGAGUUCGCUGACGACGAGGCUUUCAUCCACCCGAUGGUCGUGCGCGUCGGCGGCGUCCCGGGACAGCAGCUGGUUAAUCACAAGUGGAGCGUGGACUGGGGCACCUACCUGGCCUCCAACAAGUCUUGGGUGGUACUCGACAUGGACGUCCGAGGAGGCGCGGGGCAAGACCUGAGUUUCAUGUACAAGCCGGCCUGGAAUCUCGGGGAGGUCGAAGUACACGAUCAUUUAGCAGUCACGAAGUCCCUGGUGUCAGAGCUGGAGUUCAUAGACGCCGCGAGAGUGGUGGCCUUCGGCUGGGGCCACGGAGGGUACAACGCUGCCCGCAUGCUAUCUCAAGACGUCGAGAACCUCUUUACGUGCGCCACCGUCGUCAACCCCAUCACGGACUGGUCACUCUAUGCGUCGUACUACAGCGAGCGAUACAUGGGCUCGAUGCAGGUAGGACCCGGAGGGAACUACAGAGGAUACGAAGAGAGCUCCCUGUUGUUCCACGCCGGAAACUUCAAGAACAAGAGCCUCUUCCUCGUCUACGGCUCGGGGGACACCGACGUCCACAGUGCCCACACGCUCAAGUUCUCCAAGGCGCUUACGGAGAAGGGCAUCAUCUUCAGGCAACAGACCUACACGGACGAGGGCCACGACCUGGAGCGAGUGAGAUUCCACCUGUACAGAAGCGUGGAGCAGUACAUGACCGACUGCUUCCCCCCGUACAACGAGGAGGAGCUGAGCUUACUCUUCGGGAAGGACGCCAUCCUAUAGUCGCCGUCGCGAAGGCCCGCCCCCCCCGCGACCCGCGACCCGCUCUCCCCUCGUCCCCCUGCCCUCGGGCGGUGUUCUUCCCGCGGCCGAGAGGCGUUGCCCUUCGGUACCUGCGCCACAGAGAUCGGCUCCCUAUUGGCGA